AUGCCGGCAGCAGCAACUGCUUCUACGGCCUCUUAUACCGAUGAGUACGAUGAUGACAUUGUUAUUGAGAUACUGUCAAGGCUUCCAGUCAAAUCUCUAAUAAGAUUCCGCUGUGUGUGCAAGUCAUGGUGGGCUUUAAUCUCCGAUUAUUAUUUUGUUAUGAAGCAUUGUACCCGCGCUGUCAUGGAAUCCAACUGCGCGCAUAACAGAUUCAGACUUCUUUCUUCAGUCAGACCUCCGGAAUCCAUAGACUACAAAGAACUAUUAUUAUUGGACACGAAGGAUUAUGACGAUGGUAGUUGUGUUGCAAGCACAGAGCUUCGUUUACCAAAACGGCUGAAUGGCACAACAGUUGUGGGUUCUUACAACGGCUUGAUAUGUUUACAUCAACAGACCUACGACUGCUUGUUCUUAUGCAACCCUAGCACCGGAGUCGUCAACAGGUUACCACUAUUACCAACUGUUGUGCGGAAGUGUCAAAUAUGA